CACCAUGCCGGGACACUCUCCAGUAACCACUACUAGCCCUAGGCCGAAUACUUCCAGUUCAAGCGUCCCAACCAGCUCUUCCAGCUCAAGUUCAACUCKAGCAACUACAACCACCCCUAGCCGCAGCCCAAGGACCAGAUUCACUAGCCUCAGCUCAAGAACCACCAGUACCAGCCCUGAGACGACAUCUGCCCAAAACCCUGAACCCAACACAAUGACUACCACACCUAGGAUUAAGCCCAGACCUGGCCUACACCCCAAACCUGGCCAAAAGCCCAAACCAGGCACAAAACCCAUUCCAGGCCCCAGACCAAAACCUGUACCAAAAUCAAAGCCUGUCCUAAAGCCCAGACCACUCAGCCCAACAAGCUCCUCCAGCUCUAGCCCAAAGACCUAUCACAGAACUGGCUCAACUUCAACAACCACUACUUGGCAUAGCCCUGGGAUCAGCUUUACAAGACCCAAUCUACAGACAACUAAGAAAGGUACCAGCCGAAGCAACACCACACCGGGAUACUCUUCAGCCAGCACCAAUAGUCCAAGCUCAAAGAUUACUAGCACAAGCUACAAGACUGCUAGUUCCAGCCCUGGGGACAGCAUUAGCAGUAGCUCAACUACAGGAACUACAACCACCACUAGACCUAGCACAAGGACCACCAGUCCAAGCUCCAGAAUUGGGUUCCGGUGGACCCCCAGACCCAGUCUAAAGGCAAAACCAGGUGCAAGGCCUAUUCCAGGCCCCAGACCCAAACCUGGACCAAAAUCAAAGCCUGUCCUAAAGCCCACACCAUCAAGCUCAACUGGCUCUUCCCUAGCCGUCCCAGAGACAACUUCCAUGACUGGCUCAACUCUAGACACCAGCACAAACCUCAGCCCAAAUAUCACCAGUCCAGGCUCCUUUACUACCAAUUCCAGCCCAGGGAUCAGCUCAAGGACCAGCUUCACUAGCCUCAGCUCAAGGACCACCAGUACCAGCUCCAGCCCUGAGACGACAUCUGCCCAAAACCCUGAACCCAGCACAAUGACUACCAGACCUAGGAUUAAGCCCAGACCUGGCCUAAAGCCAAAACCAGGUGCAAAACCCAGCCAAAGUAGCACCACACUGGGACACUCUUCAGCCACCACCACCAAGCCUAGCUCAACGAUUACCGGCCCAAGCUAUAGGACGACUAGUUCCAGCCCUAGGGCCAACAGUAGCAGUGGCCCAACUCUAAGAAAUUCAACCACUGCUAGAUCUAGCCCAAGGACCACCAGUUCAAGUGCCAGAAUUGGGUCCUUGUGGACCCCCACACCCAGCUUAAAGCUAAAACCAGGUGCAAAGCCUAUUCCAGGCCACAGACAAAAACCUGGACCGAAAUCAAAGCCUGUCUUAAAGCCCACGCCAUCAAGUUCAACUCCAGCAACUACAAUUACCACUAGCCGCAGCUCAGGGACCAGCUUCACUAGCCUUAGCUCAAGGACCACCAGUACCAGCUCCAGCCCUGAGAUUACAUCUGCCCAAAACCUUGAACACAUCACAAUGACUACCAGACCUAGGAUAAAGCCCAGACCUGGCCUAAAGCCYAAAGCAGGUGCAAAACCCAUUCCAGGCCCUAGACCCAAACCUGGACCAAAACCAAAGCCUGUCUUGAAGCCCAGACCACUCAAACCAACCAGCUCAUCUAGCUCUAACCCAAAAACCUAUCCAAGAACUGUCUCAACUUCAACCACCACCACAAGCUUUAGCCCUGAGAUCAGCUUUACAAGACCCAGUCAACAGACCACUAAGAAAAGUACCAGCAAAAGCAGCACCACACCGGGAUACUCUCCAGUAACCAUCACUAGCGCUAUCCCAAAGACUUCCAGUUCAAGCAUCCCGACCAGCUCUUCCAGCUCAAGUUCAACUCAAGAAGCAACAACCACCACUAGCCACAGCCCAAGGACCAGCUUCACUAGCCUCAGCUCAAGGACCACCAGUACCAGCUCCAGCCCUGAGACAAUGUCUGUCCAAAACCCUGAAACAAACACAACAACUGCCAGACUUAGGAUCAAGCCCACACCUGGCCUACAGUCUCGACUUAACCUACAGCCCAAACCUGGCCUGAAGUCUAAACCUGGUCUAAAGAACAAACCAGGCGCAAAGCCUAUUCCAGGCCUAAGGCCUAAACCUGGACCACAAUCAAAGCCCAUCCUAAAGCCCAGACCACCCAGCCCAACCAGCCUCAACCCUAAGACCAGUAACAUAACCCCGACCACUAGCCUCAGCCCUGGGAUCACAAGCCACAGUUGGCAGACCACGCGGACAAGUACCACCCAAAGUAGCACCACACCAGGCUCCUCUCCAGGCACUACCACAAAGAUUACUAACCCAAGCUACAAGACCACUAGUUCCAGCCCUGGGGUCAGCAUCAGCAGUAGCAGUAGUGGUAGCCCCACUCCAGGAACUACAACCACUGCUAGACCUAGCUCAAGGACCACCCAUCCAAGCUCCAGAACUAGGUUCUGGUUGACUCCCAGACCUGGCUUACAGCCUAAACCAGGCUUAAGGCCUAUUCCAGGACCCAUACCCAAACCUGGACCAAAGCUCACACCUGACUUAAAGCCCAGACCACCCAAUCCAACCAGCUCCCCAAGCUCCAUCUCAAAGACCACUCCCAGACCUGGCUCGACUCCAGACAUCCCCACUAGCCUCAGCCCAAAGACCCCAAGUCCAAACUCCAGGACUACCAGCUCCAGCCUUGGGAUUAGCUUUACAACCCCCAGUUCAGGAAGUCUCAGCAGAACCACAUCAAGUCACUCUCCAGCAACCACAACCACCACUAGCUCUAGCCCAAAGAUCACCAGUUCAAGCAUCCGGACAGGCUCUUCCAGCUCAAGAAGCAUCACACUAAGCCCAACUCCAGCAACCAAAACCACCACUAGCCCCAGCUCAAGCACCAGCUUCACUAGCCUCAGCUCAAGGACCACCAGUACCAGCAUCAGUCCUGAGUCAAAGUCUGCCCAACAUCCUGAACCCAGCUCAACAACCCCCAGAUUUAGCAUUAAGCCCAAACCUGGCCUAAAACCCAAACCAGACCAAAAGCACAAACCAGGCCGGAGGCUUAUUCCAAGUUCAAAGCCUAAACCUGGAUCAAAGCUUAAACCAGUCUUAAAGCCCAGACCACCCAGCCCGACUAGCUUCUCCAGUUCAGGACCAAAGACCACACUCAAACCCGGCUCAACUUCAACCACCACCACUAGCCUUAGCCCUGGGGCCAGAACCAGCAGUAGUCCCACUCCAGCAACUACAACCACCACCAAUCCAAUUAUCAAGGCCAGCUCCUCCGCCACUAACCCCAGCCCAUCAACCAGCUUUACUAGACUCAGCUCGCUGAGCAUCAGCGCCAGCUCCGGCCAUGCGACAAAGUCUGACCAAAAUCCUAGACCCAGCCCAACGAUCACCAGGUCCAAGUGGAUCCCCAGACUUAGCACAAAGCCAGAAUCUGGGCCACAACCCAGACCAGGCCUACAGUCCAGACCCAGCCUAAAGCCUAAAGAUGACCUAAGGCCUGAAACUGAACCAAAUCCCAAACCAGUCCCAAGGCCUAUUCCAGGCCUAAGACCCAAACCAAGACCAAAACCAAAGUCUGUCCUAAAGCCCAGACCACCCAAUCCUACUAGUUCUUCCAGCCCCAAAAUCACUCCCAGGCCUGACCCAUCUCUUACCACUAUCCAUAGCCCAAGCUCCAAUACUACCAGUUCAAGCUUCAGGACUACCAGCUUCAGCCCGGAGAUCAGCAUUACCAGCCCCACUCUACGUGACACCAGGACCAGUACUAGUCUAAACAGCACCACCAGUAGCCCUGGCCCAACGAACACCAGUCCAAGCAUCCGGAAUGGCCCUUCCAGCUCAAGCCGAAGCAGUACAACACUGAGCUCAUUUUCAGCAACCAGAAUCACCACUAAUCCUAACCCAAAGGUCACUAGUCCAGGAUCCAGGAUGAACUACAGAACCUUCAGGCUCAGCAUCGGGACCAGCACCAGCGGUAGCCCAACUCCAGAACCCACAACCACCACUAACACUAGCUCAAAGAUCACCAGUUCAAGAAUUUGGACCAACUCUUCCAGCUCAAGCAGCAAAACAAUCAGUCCAACUCCAGCAACCACAACCUCCAUAAGUUCCAGUUCAAGGACCACCAGUAUCAGCAUCAGUCCUGAAACAAAGUCUGCCCAAAAGCUAGAACCCAGCACAACAACUACCAGACCUGGCCUAAAGCGUAAACCUGAACGUAAGCCUAAACCUGGCACAAAGCCCAAACCAGACCCAAGACCUAUUCCAGACCGAACACCUAAACCUGGACCAAGACCAAAGCCUGUGCUGAAGCCCAGACCUGCUCCAAAGCCUUGGCCCAAAACUACCACCCAAGGUCCAAGGACCACUUCCUCCACACCUAGCCCCAAGACAUCCAAUAGCCAAAGGACUAUGACUGACCCCAGCCCACAAACGGCCACAAGCCCUGGCUCAAGAACUACAAGACCUAACCAACAAACUACCCUCAGCUCUAGCUCAAAAAUAAUCUCUAGCACUAGCUGGAAAAUAUCCACUAGCCCUGUCACAAUGACCACUACUAUCGCCAGUCUAAAAAAGACCAGCUCAAGGCAACAAUUUAGCACAAGGCCUAGCCCCAAAACUACCACUACUAGUCCCAUUCCAUUGGCCAACUCUAUCCAUAGCCCUACAACCCCCAGCCCCGACUCCCCUACCCCCAGCCCCAUACCGGAGUCUUCCACCCCCAGUGUGAGAGAACUGCGUGUGAAGACCAGCCAGGUAUCUGCUAGUCUGAAUGACACAAAGAAUACAAGCGGAGGGCCAAAGGUCUCUCGAGGAGGGCAUCCAAAGGUCCGUCCUGGGCUAAACCUGCUCACAGAGAAGGACCAGGUAGGCAGCAAGACUAACAGGACGGAGAACCAGCCUCAAAGCCCUGCACAGAUUUCACCAGGAGUUACCAUGGCACCCAGAGACUGCUCUGACCACAUGGCCAGGGGGGAGAGGAAGAGCAGAGUCUACCAAGUGACCCCUGACCCUAAGAACGGAACCAUUGCAGUGUUCUGUGACAUGGAGUCUCAUGGCGGAGGGUGGACCGUCAUUCAGCUCCGUCAGGAUGGCAGUGUGGACUUCAACCGGACCUGGGCUGAAUACCGGACGGGCUUCGGUGACCUGAUGGUUGGGGAGUUCUGGCUGGGCAACGACCACAUCCACCUGCUGACCCGAAACAGGGUGAUGGUCCUUAGGGUGGAGCUGGAGGACUUUAACGGCAUGAUGGAGUACGCAGAGUACAGGCUCUUCCGUGUGGCUGGCGAGCGGCUACGCUACCGCCUGUCUGUGGGUGGGUACUCGGGCACGGCAGGAGAUGCACUUCAAUUUAGCAAGAGUUACGACCACAACAACCGGUUCUUUACGACUCCUGACAGGGACUAUGACCGCUACCCUUCAGGGAACUGUGGGGCCUACUACAGCUCAGGUUGGUGGUUUGACGCCUGCAUGGCUUCCAACCUCAACGGGAGAUAUUAUGUGGGAAAAUACAAAGGGGUGCGGAACGGGAUCUACUGGGGGACGUGGCAUAACAUAUCCACAGAGUACUACCCGACUAAUGACAGACAAUCUUUCAAGACUGUCAGAAUGAUGAUCAGGCCAAGGGGCUAUGCAAAGUGAUCUACGGCUGGCUCCUCGGUUGGAGUUCUCAGUUGUUGCAAUUCUCAAAUAGGGGGGCCGGGGACCCCUAUGAGGCCUCCGAGAUUUUUCAAUGGGUCCAUGACAAAAGCAGGAAAAAGCAGAUGAAAUGCUCAAUGUUAAAAAUAAGAUUUCUUUAGGGAGGAGCACUGUUUGAUACGCAAAUGGAAACAUUCGGAUUGUACUGCUGUUUCAUAUUUUGGGGGUUUAUAAUGCCUUUUGUUUAACAAGCAAUUUUAAUAUAUUCCAUCAUUUUAUUUACUCUUUCAAAUAUUAAAUCUCUGAUUCAGGCGGGUCAACAACACCUAAAUCUUAACACCUAGUAUUAGUGGGCCUCGGAAAAGCCUGCUCUGUUGGUAAAAUACUGCCACUUAGUGGUCUGAAACGAAACACCAUGGUUUAUGGUUUCAAAUGGAACACUCAAACUGUGGAAAAGAUGUUCAGAGUUCCUGAAGUAAUUUAUAAGAUGUCUUCUUAUUAUCUAUGUAAGGUUACAGUGUGAAAGAAUUGUUGGAAAACGGUUUCAUAGAAGUCUUUCUCCUGUGACGAGAAAGAGAAAUACUCUUUGAGGAGGGUAAUGAAGAGAUGGACAAAAUCUCUUAAAUUGUACUGGAAUGAUUGACUGACGAUUGAUUGUUGUAAUGUUUUUUUAUUCUCAGUAUUUUUUACGGGAAAAAUUAAACGAGGUCA